AUGGCCAUCUCCAGGAGUCUCGUCGCUCUGCUGGCUGCCACAGGCGCUGUCGCAUCGCCGUCUCCAAAUCUUCCUGCAGUUCGCGAACCCACCAACAUUGACCUCUACGAUCGCGGAACCCAGAAGGCCCCCUCAGGAUACGUCCCGACCACCGUCGACUGCCCCAGCGACAAGCCUACCAUCCGAGAUGGCUCGACCCUAUCGAAGCAGGAGAAGGACUGGGUGGUGACCCGCCGCAACGAGACCCUCGCACCGAUGCGCGACCUGUUCCGCCGCCUCGCGAUCCCCGAGUUCGACUACACGACGUACCUGCAAAACGGCGAGAAGGACAGCAAUGCCAUCCCUAAUAUCGGCAUUGCCUUCUCCGGCGGAGGCUAUCGCGCCAUGUUAUCGGGAGCCGGCGCCCUGGCGGCGCUCGACAGCCGCUCGUCUGGUUCUACGGAAAGGGGCAACCUGGGUGGUUUGUUGCAGUCCUCGACCUACAUUGCUGGGCUGUCUGGUGGUGCCUGGUUGGUGGGAAGUAUCUACAUGAACAACUUCACAACGGUAGAGGCCAGUGCCAACUCGGGAGUUGUCUGGCAGUUCCAGGAUAACAUUCUCAAGGGACCUGAGCAGUACGCGCUUCUCGAUUAUUACAACGACGUCUUCAACCCCGUCACCAAGAAGGAUGAGGCCGGCUACGAACGUUCCAUCACCGACUAUUGGGGCCGCAUGCUCUCCUACCAGCUCAUCAACGCCACGGACGGUGGCCCGGGAUACACAUACUCCUCAAUCGCCGAGGAUAGUGAUUUCAAGAAUGCCAAAGCUCCUCUCCCCUUCCUCAUCGCGAUUGGUCGCAGGCCGAACGAAGAGGUCAUCCCGAUCAACUCGACGAUUUACGAAUUUACACCUUGGGAACUGGGCUCCUCGGAUAACACAGUGUCUGGCUUCGUGCCCCUCCAAUGGGUUGGAUCCAACUUCACCAAUGGCUCUAUCCCCAGCAAGGGAAAGUGUGUGAAAGGGUUUGACAAUGCUGGCUUCGUCAUGGGAACAUCGAGCUCUUUGUUCAACCAGAUCAUCCUAUACCUCAACGAUGACUCUAGCGAUCUUGUUCCUGACGGUAUUCCCGACUUCGUCAUUGAGGGCCUGACGGAUAUGCUCAAGAGUAUUGGUGCCGACAACAACGAUAUCGCUGACUGGACCCCCAACCCGUUCAAGGGCUGGAAGCCCUCAACAAACUACAACUCGGACCUGGACCGGUUGACUCUUGUUGAUGGUGGCGAGGAUCUCCAGAAUGUUCCCUACCACCCCCUAAUCCAGAAUGAGCGCCAGGUCGAUGUCAUCUUCAGCUUUGACAACUCCGCCGACACCAACUUGAGCUGGCCCGAUGGUGCUUCUCCCAUUGCUACCUACGAGCGCUCGAAGGAGUCUAUCUCGGCUGGUACCAGCUUUCCCUCUAUUCCUGGAAAGGAGACCUUCCUUAAUCUCGGUCUGAACCAGAAGCCCGUCUUCUUCGGUUGCAACGAGAAGAACACGACCGAGGUUUCACCCCUUAUUGUGUAUAUUCCCAACUACCCCUACACUUUCUACUCCAACACCUCCACUUUCUUCAAGAUGAGCUACAACCAGUCUGAACGAGAUGCCAUGAUCGAGAACGGAUGGGCCAUCGCUACCCAGCUGAACGCCACCCGUGAUGCGAACUGGCCUGCCUGUGUCGGCUGCGCCAUCCUGCACCGCAGUCUCGUCCGAACAGGGUCCGCUCUUCCUGCCAAGUGCCAGGAGUGCUUCAACUCCUACUGCUGGAACGGCACCCUGGACGAGUCUACCCCUGACGAUUAUUCUCCUACACUGUUCGGCACCAUGUCCGACAUGAGCUCGAUGGGCUUGAAGCUUCUCGGCAACUCGAUGGUGGUUGCUGUUGCUGGUAUUGUGGCAGCCCUGGUUGCUUUCUAA